AAAAAAUCCCAAAAAUUUCCAGUUGGCCGCACAUUCUACUGUAGACCAACAGCCAGAUCCCCUGCCACCAAAUAUUUGGAUUGACCAACACAAACAACACAACACACCAUUUCUCUCUCCUCCCUCUUCGUCUUCUUCUUCAUCAUCUUCUAUGAAUAACUUGUUCAGAGACGUUUCAAGCUGCAACACUUACGACUAUGGCAAUUCCCUGUAUUGGGAUGCUCGUUACAUUCAAGAAUCUGGCUCUUUUGAUUGGUAUCAACGUUACUCUGCUCUUCGUCCUUUUGUUCGCAAAUUUGUUCCCACUUCUUCUCGUGUUCUCAUGGUUGGCUGUGGAAAUGCUGUCAUAUCAGAGGAUAUGGUGAAAGAUGGAUAUGAGGAGAUUAUGAACGUUGACAUUUCUAUGGUUGCCAUUGACAUGAUGAGAGGGAAGCAUGCACACAUACCUCAACUGAAAUAUAUGCAGAUGGAUGUUAGAGAUAUGACUUUUUUCCCAGAUGAUUCAUUUGGCAGUGUUAUUGAUAAAGGAACUCUUGAUUCUUUGAUGUGCGGUACUGAAGCUAUAAUAAGUGCUUCUCGGAUGUUGGGUGAAGUCAGCAGGCUACUUAAGCCUGGAGGAGUAUAUAUGUUGAUUACAUAUGGUGAUCCACAUGUGAGGAUGCCUUAUAUUAACCGAUCAGUGUACAAUUGGAAAAUUGAACUGUACAUAAUACCAAGACCUGGGUUUGAAGGCUCGGCUGUUGCUUCCAUCAAAUCAUGCUUGGAGCCUAUCCCUCUGUCUGAGGACGGCCUGUUUCCACCUGAUUUUGUCUUGCAAGACCCAGAUUGCCACUUCAUAUAUAUCUGCAGAAAGAAUGAGGAGCCGGCUAACAUAACGUCACAUCCUUAAGCUGGUGACAAGCUAUGAUCCUUUACACCUGUUCAUAUACAAACUAACAUAGUCAUUAAGUUUUAUUGCUAUACCAAUCUUUGUAACAUUAGAUGUGUAUAAUUCUUGUUACGAAGAAGUUGAGGGUUAUGAAAUAAGUGAUGCCUCAAUUCAGAGCCUCGUAGCUGGAAAUAAAGGGUUCACAGAUUUUUCUGAUUUUAUGUGAUGAUCUAGCAGAUUGCUUAACUAUUACAGUACGUGGUAUGUAACUAUGUAAGUGAGGUGUUUUCUAUAUUAAUAAAGCUUCGUUGUUCUUUGUUA